UUGUGAAGAAAAUCAGCUGACUUUAAUCCUGUUGGUUAUCGUCGCUUGUCAAAACUUAUCAAACUCAAAUUGAUGUCAGUUGCAAUUGUGUUUUGUAUUUAAAAGAAAUUUCACAGUUGGUAAUAAAAAAUUUAAUCAUUCCAUUUAAUCUAUAGUAAUGUCUAACGAUUUAGAUUUUCUCUUUAAACCUUUGGUUUUGGUGACCGGCUUCGGACCAUUUUUAAACCAUCCAGUAAAUGCGAGCUGGGAGGCGGUAAAACUUAUAAACAAGGAAAUGUUGGAGACAAAACACAACAUCGAAUUGGUUCUGCUAGAAAUUCCAGUUACUUACGAAAAUGUCGACGAAUUCGUGCCGGCGCUAUGGGAAACACAUACACCUAAGCUUAUGAUCCAUGUGGGAGUAUCAAGUGAGGCCUCCUGCAUGACUUUGGAAACUCAGGCCCACAGAAAGGGCUACCAACGUAUGGACUAUUUUGACAAGUGUCCAGCCAAUCACAUCUGUACGGCUGAAGGUGCUAUCCGACUGCACACCAAGCUGAAUGUGGAGAGGAUAUGCAAGGAGUUCAAUGGUAGUUGUACGGAUGACACCAGUGCUAUAUCCUCUAAAGAUGCUGGCAGAUACCUCUGUGAAUACAUCUAUUAUACAUCUCUAAGUGUGGAUAACACAAGAACAUUAUUUAUCCACGUACCAGACAUUCCAAAGUAUCCCUCCGAAGUGACAGCAAAAGCACUGGAGAAAAUUCUAGAACUUACUCUAGAGCAGGUCAUAGAAAUGGACAGCUCCAAAGAGGUCACGGAGAAGUUCAAAGAUGUCAACUUAGAUGACAAUGGAGAAAAUUCUGCCCAAAAUAAUUUAUAACCACGUUACUAUGUAAUGGUAGAAAGGGACACUGGUUCUAUGUAGUCGAAUUUUUAUUUAUGUAUAUUGUACAUAGAUGUAUUUAUUGUUUUAAGAUAAACUGUUACAAUCAUCAAAGUGUUGUAGUACUUAAUAAAAAAAAUAUUACAAAAUCUUGCUUAAACAUCAAGCAUA